AUGGACAAGUUCAAGGACAUGGACGGCGAAGUGAAGGCCAUCACGGGUAAAGAAAUUAGAGCUCUCGCUAUUCGCAUCAAUGCCACAUUCCGAAUUCCGCAUCCGAUGGCUUCCCCGCUCAAGCAGAUCGCGCCGGCCGACGUGGCCAACUUCGCGUACGACCCCGUUGAUGCUUCAGCACUGCAGGAUGCGACGGUCAUCGUCAACGACGUGCGCGUGAAGGGGGAAAACGCGCUCAAGCAGCACGCAGCGAGACUCGGCGACAUCCCGUCCGAGGACACACCUCUGCUCGUGAGCAAAGCAGAACUGGCCAAGGCGUUUGAGGCACUUCCGAAGAACGAGCAGAGCGUUCUGCAGCGCACGGCGCAGCGUAUCAAGGUCUUUGCGCAGGCUCAGCGUGACUCGAUCUCCAACUUUCAGCAGACCAUCGAGGGCGGCUCGGCGGGCCAAGACGUGUCGCCCAUGAACGCUGCUGGAUGCUACGCCCCCGGUGGUCGCUACCCGCUGCCGUCGUCCGUGCUAAUGACUGCUGUGACGGCCCGAGUGGCUGGUGUCAAGACGGUGGUGGUGGCAUCGCCCCGCCCGGCGCCUGCCACGUUGGCUGCUGCCUAUUUGUCUGGAGCGGACUAUUUCUUGGCCGCUGGAGGCGCCCAGGCCAUUGCUGCGAUGGCCUACGGAGUGGGAGGAAUCCCGCCUUGUGACAUCAUUGUAGGACCCGGUAACAAGUGGGUCACGGCGGCCAAGUCGCUCGUGUUCGGCAAAUGCGCCAUCGAUAUGCUGGCCGGACCCUCCGAGUGUCUCGUCAUUGCGGACGAGACUGCAGACGCUGCGACUAUCGCGGCUGAUCUACUGGCCCAGGCCGAGCACGACACGGCGGCUGUACCCAUCCUGGUGACGACCAGCCAGAAGAUUAUUGAUGCAGUGAAUGAACAGCUCACCAAGCAGCUGGAGACGCUGCCGUCAGCUCCUACGGCCAGCGUCAGUGUGAAGAACGGCUUUGCAGUGCUGUGCCCCGACAUGGCUACAUGUGUUAGCGUGUCGGACUUGCUGGCGCCUGAGCACUUGGAAGUUAUUACAAGCAACGCGCGUGAAGUUGCGGACCAGGUCGCCAACUAUGGCGGUCUGUUCAUUGGUGGCCGUGCUGCUGAGGUCUUUGGAGACUAUGGUGCUGGCCCGAACCACGUGCUCCCGACUGGCGGCACUGCCAAGUACACCGGCGGACUGUCGGUGCACACGUUCCUCCGUAUCCGAACGUGGAUGCGCAUUGACGACGCACAAGAAUCGCAGGCUCUCGUGCAGGACUCGGCAUUACUGGCUCGUAUGGAGGGUCUUGAGGGCCACGCACGCGCUGCGGAGAAGCGGCUGCUGUAG